UCAAGCCGAGCCCGGAGUCUGCCCCCAUGCGUGCUCUGGCCAUGGGCACCGUGCGUGGGGCCCCGGUGCUCGGCUGUCUUCUGGCUUUGCUGGCCCUGCUCCCCGAGGGGCAUCUGCAGACUGUGCUGACAGACGACGAGAUCGAGGAGUUCCUCGAGGGCUUCCUGUCUGAGCUGGAGCCGGAGCCCCGGGAGGACGACGUGGAGGCUCCGCCAGCCCCUGAGCCCACACUGGGCAAUCGCAAAGCCCAGACUGGGGGCAAGCCAGGGCCACGUCUGGGGAUGACCAGAGAGGCACCUCCAGAAAAGGCUAAAGACAAAGGGAAGAAAGGGAAGAAGGACAAAGUCCCCAAGGCCACCAAGCAGCCCCCGGAGGGGCCCCCCAAGCCACCCAAGAAGCCCAAGGAGAAUCCACCCAAGGCCACCAAGAAGCCCAAGGAGAAGCCACCCAAAGCCACCAAGAAGCCCAAGGAGAAGCCACCCAAGGCCACCAAGAAGCCCAAGGAGAAGCCACCCAAAGCCACCAAGAAGCCCAAGGAGAAGCCACCCAAGGCCACCAAAAAACCCCUGGCUAAGAGGCCCCCCACGCAGGCCCCCCCAGAAAAUCCAUUGCCCCCACUGUCCGGCCCCCAUCCUGAGGACCUGCCCCAGGAGGGAGGCCCCUGGCAGCAUCCAGGAGGAGAGACCGAUGUGGAGCACCAGCCUGAGCCGGAGACUGAGCUGCCCACACUGGACUACAAUGACCACAUAGAGAGGGAGGACUAUGAAGACUUUGAGUACAUCCGCCGCCAGAAGCAGCCCAGACCGCCCCCCAGCAGGAGGAGGCCUGAGAGGAUCUGGCCUGAGCGUCCUGAGGAGAAAGUGGAGUCCCCAGAGGAGAAGAUCGAGCCACCCUUGAAGCCGCUGCCACCCCCUCUGCCCCCCAGUUAUGAAGAUGGCUAUGUGAUGCCGGACUAUGACAAUAUGGACUAUUACUUCCGGCCUCCCCAGCCCCGGAAGCCAAACACUGAGCUGGAGACAGAUGAAGAGAAGGAGGAGCUGAAGAAACCCAGAAAGGAGAGCAGCCCCAAAGAGAAGGAAGACAAGUGGGCUGUGGCAAAGGGCAAGGACCACAAAGGGCCCCGAAAGGGAGAGGAGUUGGAGGAGUGGAUGCCAAGAGAGAAAGUCAAGUGUCCCCCAAUCGGAAUGGAGUCACACCGCAUUGAAGACAACCAGAUCCGGGCCUCCUCCAUGCUGCGCCAUGGCCUGGGGGCACAGCGUGGCCGUCUCAACAUGCAGGCUGGCGCCAAUGAGGAUGACUACUACGAUGGGGCAUGGUGUGCCGAGGAUGACUCUCGCACCCAGUGGAUUGAGGUGGACACCAGAAGGACCACCACGUUCACAGGUGUCAUCACUCAGGGCCGUGACUCCACUAUCCAUGAUGAUUUUGUGACCUCCUUCUUCGUGGGCUUCAGCAACGACAGCCAGACAUGGGUGAUGUACACCAAUGGCUACGAGGAAAUGACCUUCCAUGGGAAUGUGGACAAGGACACGCCCGUGCUGAGUGAGCUCCCGGAGCCCGUGGUGGCCCGCUUCAUCCGCAUCUACCCCAUCACCUGGAAUGGCAGCCUGUGCAUGCGCCUGGAGGUGCUUGGGUGCCCUGUGACUCCUGUCCAUAGCUACUAUGCUCAAAACGAGGUGGUGACUACUGAUGACCUGGACUUCCGGCACCACAGUUACAAGGACAUGCGCCAGCUGAUGAAAGUGGUGAAUGAAGAGUGUCCCACCAUCACCAGAACAUACAGCCUGGGGAAGAGCUCACGUGGGCUCAAGAUCUAUGCCAUGGAGAUCUCCGACAACCCUGGGGAUCAUGAACUCGGUGAGCCCGAGUUCCGCUACACAGCUGGGAUCCACGGUAAUGAGGUGCUGGGUCGUGAGCUGCUGCUGCUGCUCAUGCAGUACCUGUGCCGUGAGUACCGCGACGGGAACCCCCGGGUGCGCAGCCUGGUGCAUGACACACGCAUCCACCUGGUGCCCUCGCUGAACCCUGAUGGUUAUGAGGUGGCAGCACAGAUGGGCUCGGAGUUCGGGAACUGGGCGCUGGGACUGUGGACUGAGGAGGGCUUUGACAUCUAUGAGGACUUCCCCGAUCUCAACUCUGUGCUCUGGGGGGCUGAGGAGAGGAAAUGGGUCCCCUACCGGGUGCCCAACAACAACCUGCCCAUCCCUGAACGUUACCUCUCUCCAGACGCCACGGUGUCCACAGAGGUCCGGGCCAUCAUUGCCUGGAUGGAGAAGAACCCCUUCGUGCUGGGGGCAAAUCUGAAUGGUGGUGAGCGUCUAGUUUCCUACCCCUAUGACAUGGCCCGCACACCGAGUCAGGAACAGCUACUGGCCGCAGCCAUGGCAGCUGCCCAGGGAGACGAGGAUGAGGUAUCCGAGGCCCAAGAGACCCCAGAUCACGCCAUCUUCCGCUGGUUGGCCAUCUCCUUCGCCUCUGCUCAUCUCACCAUGACAGAGCCCUACCGGGGCGGGUGCCAAGCACAGGACUACACCAGUGGCAUGGGCAUCGUCAACGGGGCCAAGUGGAACCCCCGAUCUGGGACAAUCAAUGACUUCAGUUACCUGCACACCAACUGCCUGGAGCUCUCCAUGUAUCUGGGCUGUGACAAGUUCCCUCACGAGAGUGAGCUGCCCCGAGAGUGGGAGAACAACAAGGAAGCUCUGCUCACCUUCAUGGAGCAGAUUCACCGCGGCAUCAAGGGGGUUGUGACAGACGAGCAGGGCAUCCCUAUUGCCAAUGCCACCAUCUCCGUGAGUGGCAUUAACCACGGUGUGAAGACAGCAAGCGGCGGCGAUUACUGGCGCAUCCUGAACCCGGGCGAGUACCGCGUGACGGCGCAAGCAGAGGGCUACACCGCCAGCGCCAAGACGUGCAACGUGGGCUACGACAUCGGGGCCACCCAGUGCAACUUCAUCUUGGCUCGCUCCAACUGGAAGCGCAUCCGGGAGAUUCUGGCCAUGAAUGGGAACCGGCCCAUCCUGCACAUUGACCCCUCUCGCCCCAUGACCCCCCAGCAGCAGCGCAUGCAGCGCCGGCGUCUGCAGUACCGACUGCGAAUGCGCGAGAGACUCCGUAACCUCAAUGCCACUGCGGGACCAGGCACCCCUUCCACAGUGCCCCCCACACCUUCCCUUGCACCCUCCCUCGCACCCUCCCCUACCUCAGGCUCCACACUGACACCCUGGCACUCUGAACCAGAGACCACAGUUAACUGGGAAGAGUCGGAGACUGAGACCUACACAGAGGUGGUGACGGAGUUUGGGACGACGGAGCUGGGGCCCGAGGAGGAGGAGGUGGUGGAGGAGGAGAUGGUCACGGGCCCAGAGUUCCCCUACACCACAGUUGAGACCUACACGGUGAACUUCGGGGACUUCUGAGAGUAGAAGGUCAGCCAACGGCCGGUCAGCGUCACCUAGGCCAACCCAGCAGCUAUCAGUGAACCAAAGUGCCCCUGGUGUGGGCCCAGCCAGGGGAAGGGCAGGGAUGGAACCAAGACCCAGAGUCCCAAGCUGCCCAGGCAGGCUCCUACUCCAUCCGCCACCCCUAUAGAAGAUGGGCUGCUGGCCUGGCGAUGGCAGGUUUAGCAAGUCCAGGGGGCAGACUUCUCAACUGCCUGCCCAGGCUGCACCAAUAAACAAGCUUG